GUGUUGAGCAUUGCACUUUCGACGUAUGUUGUGAGCAGUACCCAUGACAGUCUUAAGAACAAACAGGGAUUGCCUAUAUUGAAUCAAUUUAUUAGCUGGAUGACUCUAGUUUCUUCCUCGGUGUUGCCGUUACUGAGCCCCACAUUUCUCUUCCAGAGACUGUUCAGCAUUCUGCUCUCCCUGAUGUCCACCUACCUGCUCCUCAGCACAGGGUAUGAAGCUCUGUUUCCACUGGUGCUGUCUGGCUUGAUGUUUGUGUGGAUAAAUAUGGAGCAAGAAGCACUGCAGCACUAUGGUCUUUCACACAAACCAAAGCUUACUGUGUUCAACUUCGCCUAUGCCACUGAUAUAACUCAGUUUCGACAGCUCCACCUAGAUGACGUCCGCAGGUCUUUCUUCUUCGUUUUCUUCAUAGUGACAGCCUUUUUUGGCACUGGAAACAUAGCUUCUGUAAACAGUUUUGAUCCUGCUUCUGUCUAUUGUUUCUUGACUGUGUUCAGUCCCUUCAUGAUGGGAAGCUUGCUUUUGCUAAAGGUUGUAAUCCCGUUUGUUCUGGUAUCAUGUGCUUUUGAAGCUGUUCAAGUCACAACACAACUGUCUUCUAAGAGCCUUUUCCUCAUUGUUCUUGUGAUUUCAGACAUUAUGGCUUUGCAUUUUUUCUUUAUGGUUAAAGAUUAUGGAAGCUGGCUGGAUAUCGGAACAAGCAUUAGCCACUAUGUGCUGGUGAUGUCGUUGACCAUAUUUAUGAUGCUGAUGAAUGGAUUGGCCCAGGUGCUAACUGCGAAGAGACUUGACCUUCCCAGAAGGACUAAGCACCAUUCCACGUGA